AUGGCAGCUGGCACUGUCCGAUGUCGGGGCUGCGUUUGUCGGCUGCACCGCUUUCGUGGCUGCAACACAUCGCCACGGGUCCAUGGCGUACCGAUGCUAAUGCCUGCGUCUCGAAGGCAUGCAACUCUGACUGAGCUCGAGCAUCGAGAUGAUGGUGCUUUCAAGCGGUAUCUACCUGGACCGAAAACGGGUGGGUUCGCCAGGGGCUCGUUCAUCGCCUGGCGUAGACAUGAGCGAGUCCGAGAUUCUGCACUCGUGAACGAAUCUAUCCACAACUUGUAUGAGUUUCUCAACGUCGUUGGUGAAGGUGGCUUUGGGACCGUCCACAGAGCCAAGCAUCGCCGAACCGGUGAGAUAGUAGCCAUCAAGAGCAUCAGCAAGGACAAGCUGAAGGACGAGGAGGCAUUGCAGAUGGAGGUUGAGUUUCUGAAGUUGUCUGAUCAUCCGAACACCGUAAGGUACUACGAAACUUUCGAGGAUGCAAAGGAUAUCCACCUAGUGAUGGAGCUCUGCUCUGGUGGGUCGCUGGCCGAGUACAUCGAGAACGCCCAUGACUCCUAUGGGCCAGGUGUGUCAGAGGACGAGCUUGCACGGAUUGCAGUGCAGAUCCUCAAGGGCAUAGCGUAUUGCCAUGCCCACUCGGUGGCUCACAGGGACAUUAAGCCGCAGAACUUGCUCUUCAGCUGCGGGGAGCCUGCUGCUGGGAGCGCCAUACCGAUUGCUUGCUCUGGCGAGGGCGAUGCGCCCCUGAAGUUGGUGGACUUUGGCAUUGCUGGAGUGGUGAGGAACGAUCGCCCCGAGAAGCGGCUGCUGACGAAGUGCGCUGGCACUGUGGGUUAUAUGGCCCCAGAGGUGUUUGGAUCGAAGCCGUAUGAUGGAAGAUCGGCGGACAUGUUUUCCAUUGGCGCCGUGAUACAUCAUAUGAUGGUCGGCUUGCCUCCAAGCUGGAAAGCUGUGAGCCUUGGCCCAGUGGAAUCCCUCAGAGGUAGGCGGGUUCCAGUUCGUUGCUUGAGCAUCUCAGGAAGAGCUUACGACUUUCCAGGGCGGCUUCGCUACCAGAGGUUCUCCGAAGACUGCCGGUCACUCCUAGAACACCUGCUCCAUGAAGAGCCGGAGAUGCGGCCCACGGCUGCAGAGGCCCUCCGACAUUCUUGGUUCGAGAGCAGAGGCAUCCAUUUGCAAAGUCAUUACGGGGAUCGCGAGAUGGCUCCACUCCUCGAGCAAUGCUUCAGGAGGAUGCACCGCUUUUCUCAGCGAUCGCAGCUGCAGAAAACCGUCAUGUACAGUAUGGUGGCCUUCGCGCCUCUGCAUAACCAUCAUAUGGAACGGCUUCGCGUGGCAUUCUUGUUCGCGGAUCGAGGCACUUCCGCAGGGCAUCUCAUCUCGUUAGCAUUCACGAUAAGCUGCUUCGAGUUCGUCGAGUUGGGAAGGAAGUACAGCUCCUUCUCUUCCACUGAGCUGCGUCACAUCUUUGCCACAGCAAAUGUUUCCAAGAGCGGUAAGCUUUCAUACUGUGAAUGGCUAACAGCUUCUGCUGAUGAUCAAUGGUACCGGAUGGAGGAGCAUGCAGCGAGGGCGUGCUUUGGCUAA